CAAACCUUGAAGAAGAGUUUCCAUUACAACGCUCAAGGUAUCGGCCCGCGUUUCCACAUUUCCCCGUUUUUGAGCCACUGUCGGUCUUUUUUUCGUUUAUCUGUGCAACGGUGAGCGCUCGCGGAUGCCAUUACGGAUCUGCGAGAGCCUGUGAGUGGAAUAACAAGCAGGAAAAUCGCCGAGGAGGUUGAAAUCCCGGCGGGAGAGCAGGCGCAUAGCAACACGAAUCCGAAGGAGUUGAGGAAGAAGAAGGAGUUGAAGAAGUAGGAGGUGAGGAAGAGAAAUACGUCGAUUCCCUGUGGUUCCUCUGUUCUCCGGAAGUCACUGUUCUGUGUUCGCUCAUCUCUCUACAGGUCUUGAUCGCUCCAACCGAGGUAUUAUGAGCAACGUGCAACGGGAGUACUUCGUUGCAGAUGAAGUGUACAAGUCUCUGAGCCAAGCGAGAGCGAGAGGUUCGUGUGUGAAGUUAAGUUGCAACAAAAUAAACAAGUUAAGUAGUAUAUUGAGUAAAAUAGAUAAGUUAAGUAACAUAAGUUAAAUUUCAUCAUCAUCGUCGGCCUUGUCAGAUCAUCCUCGAGACUUUCACUCGUAGAACUAAACUGUUAAUUCAAGAGAUAAAGAAAAAAAAAGAGAUUAAAGAAAACAGACAAUCAAGAAUACUCGGAAGAAAUUGGUGAAAAUCGAGAAAAAGCAUAAUAAAGAAAUAAAACAAUAAGAAUAAACAAAGGAAUCGGAAGACAUCCCAAUUUUCAUCGAAAACUCAUCGCGAAUUCGACAUUUUUUCUCAACUGCUCAAGUCGCCCUACAGCAAAAGCGAAGGUUAUUUUCUUCGUCUCUUGAUCCUCUAAAUAACGAAGACAUCAUGAAGCUGCUUCCAGAAUCUUCGGGCUUUGAGGCUAUAAACAGCGCCUUGAGUUUUGACACCGUUGACGGCUGCAUCAUGGGCAGGCUGGAGAGUUACUCGUGCAAGAUGGUGGGGCAGGAGAAAGCACUGUACAAGCGCUUCCACAGCUUUUCUGGAGUGAAUGAUAUGCAGGCGCUGUCCCCACCUCAGUCAAUGCUUGGAGUGUCGCCAAACGGGGCAUCACCACACUCCCUCAAUAGGAGUUCUCAGAGCAGUGGUGGCGAGGACAGUCCCCUAGAGGACAAGAUCAACCGCAAGACCCUUUUCUACUUAAUCUCGACUCUCAACGCAGCUUUCUACCCGGACUACGAUUUCAGUAAUGCCUCCUCACAGGAGUUUUCCCGAGAGCCUUCUCUGGAGUGGGUGAUGCGUGCCGUCGAGCGCCAGAUGAUGGCUGUUGCACGCAUGGAAUUCACUCCUGUUGCUUCAUCCCUGUGGGCAGCCUUGGAUGAUGCUAUCUGCCUUAAAGACUGUGAAAUCUACAGUUAUAAUCCAGACCUGACCUCUGACCCCUAUUCUGAGGAUGGCUGCCUUUGGUCUUUUAAUUACUUCUUCUACAACUCUCGUCUCAAACGCAUUGUGUUCUUCACAUGCCGAUCGGUCUCGCAGUACUGUGGAUCCCCUCACGACUCUGGCCUCAUUGGGGACUCCAGCAUGGAUUUUGAAGAUGAUUACUGAAGAGGUUUAUGGUGCAAGAAUAGUCACUGUGCUCUUCAGCUUUUUUCAUUUUCAUUUUCUUUUUAGUUUUCGUUUUCUUUUUCUUUUCUUUUUUUUCUUUUUUUAGGUUUGAUAUUCACAGGACGUUCAAAGGAAGUGUGGCUUUACAUGGAAUUUGAAUUUUGUCUUUUCUGUUUUAAUUUUUUAUUAUUAGUUAUUUAUUUAUUAUUAUUAUUUUUUUUUACAGUUUUUUUGUUUUUAUAAUGACAGAUACAAACGCUUGAGUCCAGAAUGCCAUUAAACUGAUGUUCUAAGGUAUUUAAGGGAGAUUCAACCCUAUAUAUAAUAAUCUUACUGUAAGAGUCAGAAUGGUAUGGUACAUUUAUUUAGAAUACUUUCUAAUUACUACAUACACACAACGGUUAAAAUUUCAUACACAUAAAUGCAUUAUACAUUAUAUACAUAUUUAUAACAUGAAGACAGGUAAUUGCCUUAUUAACUCUGAAGGUAAAUAUGAUCAGUAAUACUGAUUAAAGGUAAAACAGGACACUCAGUUUCUUUCAAAUCCAUUACUAAGGUAAUGAGAAGUGUGGCAUAAGUAAUGUCAUUAACUUUUCCGUUCUAGUAGAACUAAUAUUAUUAUUCUUUUUUGCUGAAUGAUUUGCUUCUUGUGGUAGAAUGUGUACAGAAAUGUAUAUUUUAUUUCAUUUGGCAUAUAGAUAUAUAACAGCUUAUUUUUUGCCCCUUGAAAUACUUGCUGGACUGUUCCUGACAAAGGAAUUAUGUGAAGUUGUUAGAUGAGGAUGUCUAAGUGUGGUACUGUUUAUUAGUACUAUUACUAUCAUGUUUGGUUUAAGUGUAGACGUACAGUGGUGAAGGUUCAGUUAACAUUUCUGUAUAGCCUAAUUUUUGUAGAUGCUAAAAUAAUAAAUGAGAUAUGUAUUUAGUUGUAGGUAACACAAAGGGAAGCAUUUGGUAUCAAGUAUUCUUUUAUAUACAAAUCCUAUGUUUGUUAUAUGUUUUAUUUUGAAGUACAUUAUAUUGAAGUGUUUUUAAUAUCAUGAAGGGAAGGUUUUGAGUUUCCUUAGUAGUGAAUUAUGUUUGUAGAAGUGUGUAGUAUUGUAAUAGACACAUCGUAGUUUUAAACUACUUCAGGCAUAUAUGCUGAAUAUUUUUUCUUUAUGCACCUGGUGUAUGAAGAGGCUAACAUGUUACAUUAUAUUUAUGCAUAAAGGUAUUAAGAGAAGGGAAAACUUUAGGGUUGAUAGUAGCUUGUAAUUUAUUAUUAUUAUUAUUAGCAUAUGAGGGCUAGUCACAAAAAAGUAAAGUACAAAAAAUAUUUAACCAUCAUAUCUAAUAUAGAUUGUGAGAGAGACCCUCUACAUUAUUUGCCAUAGUAUUAGAAGUGCAAAAGAUGCCAUGUAUUCUAUAGUAGUAUAAUACACCUGUAUUUCUAUGAGUGGAGCCUGUUGUUAUAUGUACAUUUUUUUUUCUCUUUAAUGUCUGCUUGAUAAAAAUGGCUUGUAAUUUGGAUGGAUGUAUUUUUCAGUGCAUAUACUAAUUGUAUAUACUGAUAUAUCUUGAAUUUGGUACCUGCAAGUCAGUUAUGACUUAUAAGAAUCUGUGAAAUUAUUUAAUUAUUGAAAACCAGUGAUAUUGAAAACCAGAAUAUAAUGUUGAUUUUCACCCCAAGAAAUCUGGGUGAUGGCAUGUACUUAAUGGUUUUGGAAUGUGAAAAGCUAAUAGUUUAAGGUUAAAAUAAUAUUUAAGUAUAUAGUUAAAAAAGAGAAAGCCAUUUGUUUCUCAUCUUAUGGAAAAAUGAUUCAUAUGAAUGUUUGUAAUGGGAAGUCCAUUUUUAUUUUGUACAAUAGAAUAAGUAUUUUUAUGUAAACACUUCAUAAGCAAGGAAACAUGAUCAUACUGAUUAGGAAGAAUGCUUUCCUAGGCAGAAGGUUGAUUUGGUACUUGGAUAGGCUAGGUUAGUGCCGAUGAAAAUCUUACAAGAAAACAAAUAAAGAAAGCAGAGAUGCAGUAUUUGCCAAUACAAAAAAACAAAAAAAAAAACACCUUGCCAGAAAGUACCAUGUAUUUGGCACAUAUAACUCGGGGAAAAAAGUAUGCAUCGGAGCAGACAAACCUUUAUAUUCAGAUAUUCACUGCUGCCUCCUUUGCCACAUGUAUAGAGAAACUCAUAAAUGCCUGCUGAAAUUUCAGUACAUAUAAAA